AUGGUGAAGAGAUUCAAGGUGUGGACUUACAGGGAAGGUGAACCCCCUUUUGUGCAUGAAGGUCCCAUAAAAUCAAUUUACGGCAUAGAAGGAUACUUCAUACAAGAAAUUCAGAGAGGCAAUACCUCAUUCUCUGCUGCUCAUCCAGACGAAGCUCAUGUCUUCUUCUUGCCCAUCAGUGUCGGCAACAUUGUGAGCCACCUAUACAACCCUCUGGUCACCUACGCUCGAGAUCAACUCAUCACAACAGUCACAAAUUAUACUGACCUUAUAACACAUAAACACCCAUUCUGGAAUAGAACCAAUGGAGCUGACCAUUUGCUGCUCUCUUGUCAUGACUGGGCACCAGAAAUCUCAACGAAGAACCCAGAUAAGCAAUUGUACAGGAACAUAAUAAGAGCAUUAUGCAACGCCAACAAAUCAGAGGGUUUCAAUCCCUCAAGAGAUGUAUCCAUACCUGAAAUCAACUUGCGAUACAGUGAAUCCAGCAAUCCUCGCAACGGCCAACACCCACAGAAUCGAUCCAUCCUCGCAUUCUUCGCCGGUGGGAUCCACGGGAGCAUCAGAAAAACCCUAAUCGAGACCUGGAAAGGCAAAGACAAACAACUCCAGGUGUACGAAUACCUCCCCCCAAACAUCAAGUACUUGGAAUUAAUGGAGCGAAGCAAGUUCUGCUUGUGCCCCAGCGGAUUCGAAGUCGCGAGUCCGAGGACCGUGGAAGCCAUCUAUGCAGGUUGCAUCCCCGUGAUUAUCGCCGACGACUACGAACCGCCGUUUUCCGAUAUUCUUGAUUGGAGCAAGUUUUCGUUGCAUAUUCCGUCGGAGAAGAUAUCGGAAUUGAAGGUGGUGUUGCAGAGUGUUGAGGAAGGUGAGUAUUUGAGAAUGCACAGGAGGGUGCUUCAGGUGCAGAGACAUUUUGAGGUGAAUCGGCCGUCAAAAGCUUACGAUGUGUUUCACAUGAUUCUUCACUCUGUGUGGCUUAGAAGGAUCAAUAUAUCGAUUCGAUCAUGA